AUGGAGUUAUCAACAAACACUAAACCUGUGAAACCCAGCUCAAAUAUAUCAGAAAUGGUUUACAAACUUGCCAAAGUUUGUAAAUUGAAGUCUAUUGGGGUUUUCACUUCUGAAAUCCCUAAUCUUGAACAUUUGCACAAACCGGUUGAAGUUCAUCCUCACUGUAUUGUUGAAGUGAAAACCAAAGAGGAUUCUUCUGGUGAUUUGGUGAUGUUGAAUAAGAUAUUUGAUUCUGUUUUAGAUUUGAAGUUUGCAUAUCUUGAGCUUCAACAAGCUCAUAUUCCUUAUGAUCCGAAAAAGAUUGUUGCUGCUGAUGAUGUUGUUGUGGCUGAGAUUGGGAAGCUUUGCAAGUUUAAGAGUGAGUAUAAGGAGAAGCAGUCUAAGAAAGCGAUUAUCAAUGCUGAACUUUAUGAUCUUUUUAUGAAAGAAAUUGUGGCAAAAGAGGCUUUUUUAGGGAAGCUUAAGUCUCGAAAAAGUGCGAAAGAUUUUAAGCUUCUUCGGUUGCGGCAAGAGCGUGACAAUUUGGAAAUAGGGAACAAGAAUCUGAAUGAGAAGAUCAAACAGAUUAGGUUAGAGCAUAGGAAAAAUUCAAGUGUGUUGAGUGUUGCUAAGUUUCAAGAUGUCUUCAAGGCUGCUUCGAAAUCUAUUCAUGAUUUCGCGAAACCUUUGAUUAGUUUGAUGAAAGCUUCGGGUUGGGAUCUUGAUAUGGCAACAAAGUCGAUUGCGAACAAUGCUGUAUAUUCGAGAAAAUGCGACAAGAAAUAUGCUUUUGAGGCCUACAUUGGACGGAGAAUGUUUCAUGGUAUUGCGUUAACUUCCUAUGAUGUGAGUGAUGUUAUGAAGUUUGAUGACCCGUACGAUGCGCUAAUGGAGAAUCCAGAGUCAGACUUCGCUAGAUUUUGCCGAGCGAAAUAUCUUCUAGUUGUCCAUCCUGAAAUGGAAGAGUCUUUCUUUGGAAAUUCGGAUUACCGCGAAUUCAUAUCGAGCGGCAAGCAUCCAAGAACAGAAUUCUAUCAGUUAUUUGCAAGAAUGGCAAAAUGGAUUUGGGUUUUACUCGGAUCUGCAGUCACAAUAGAUCCUAAUGCAACCAUGUUUUCUGUGAGCAAAGGCAGCAUCUUUUCAAGUUCAUACAUGGAAUCUGUUGGGAAAGAAAACGAGUUCGCAAGUCCUUCCGAUGAAGAACAACUCGCAACCUAUAAAGUUCAGUUUAUGAUCAUGCCAGGGUUUAAAAUUGGACCGAUGAUCGUGAAGUCUCGAGUCUAUGCUUCGCAAGACCGUUCAAGCUAA